GAGAGCUGUGGCACCAUGCACAGGGGUCAGGGGCAGCUGUUCCUCCUGCCACUGCUGGCUAUCUGCCUGGGAUCCCAGAGCUGGAACCAGGAAGCACGUCUGCUGGCGGACCUGAUGCACGACUACAACCCCCACUUGCGACCCGCCCAGCGGGAUUCGGACGUGGUCAACGUCAGCCUGAAGCUCACCCUCACCAACCUCAUCUCCCUGAACGAACGAGAGGAGGCCCUCACCACCAAUGUUUGGAUAGAGAUGCAGUGGUGUGACUAUCGCCUUCGCUGGGACCCACAAGACUACGAAGGCCUGUGGGUGCUGAGGGUGCCGUCCACCAUGGUGUGGCGGCCAGAUGUCGUGCUGGAGAACAACGUGGAUGGCGUGUUCGAGGUGGCCCUCUACUGCAACGUGCUUGUGUCUCCUGAUGGCUGUGUCUACUGGCUGCCGCCCGCCAUCUUCCGCUCCUCCUGCCCCGUCUCCGUCACCUACUUCCCCUUCGACUGGCAGAACUGCUCCCUCAUCUUCCAGUCCCAGACCUACAGCACCAACGAGAUCAAUUUGCAGCUGAGCCAGGAAGAGGGUCAGACCAUCGAGUGGAUUUUCAUUGACCCCGAGGCUUUCACAGAGAACGGGGAGUGGGCCAUCCGGCACCGGCCAGCCAAGAUGCUGCUGGACGCGGCGGCGCCGGCCGAGGAGGCGGGCCACCAGAAGGUGGUCUUCUACCUGCUCAUCCAGCGCAAGCCCCUCUUCUAUGUCAUCAACAUUAUUGCUCCCUGCGUCCUCAUCUCCUCUGUCGCCAUCCUCAUCUACUUCCUUCCUGCCAAGGCGGGUGGCCAGAAGUGUACCGUCGCCAUCAACGUGCUCCUGGCUCAGACUGUCUUCCUCUUCCUUGUGGCCAAGAAGGUGCCCGAGACCUCCCAGGCAGUGCCACUCAUCAGCAAGUACCUGACCUUCCUCCUGGUGGUGACCAUCCUCAUUGUCGUGAAUGCUGUGGUCGUGCUCAACGUGUCAUUGCGGUCCCCACACACACACUCCAUGGCCCGCCGGGUCCGCAAGGUGUUCCUGCGGCUCCUGCCCCAGCUGCUGCGGAUGCACAUUCGCCCGCUGGCCCCAGCAGCUGUGCAGGACACCCGGCCCCGGCUACAGAACGGCUCUUCCACUGGGUGGUCAAUCACCAGUAGGGACGAGGCGGCUUUCUGCCUGCCUCGCAGUGAAGUCCUUUUCCGGCAGCGGCAGCGCAACGGGCUGGUGAGGGCAGCGCUGGAGAAACUAGAGAAAGGCCCGGAGCCAGGGCAGAGCCAGGAGUUGUGUGGCAGUCUGAAGCAGGCUGCCCCAGCCAUCCAGGCCUGCGUGGAAGCCUGCAACUUCAUUGCCUGUGCCCGACACCAACAGAGUCACUUUGACAGUGGAAACGAGGAGUGGUUCCUGGUGGGACGCGUGCUGGACCGCGUCUGCUUCCUGGCCAUGCUCUCGCUGUUUGUCUGCGGCACGGCUGGCAUCUUCCUCAUGGCCCACUACAACCAGGCGCCUGCCCUGCCGUUCCCUGGAGACCCCCGCCCCUACCUGCCUGACUGA